AAUACGAAAACACAUUCGUAGAAGCCCGGCUGGGCGAGGCUGGCAGCGAGUGGCUGUCUGUGCGUCUGUACGUGUGACGCGCCACUCUCUUCCUCCAGCUGCAACUGCUGCCUCGCCUUGUCAUUGCCCAGUCUGCCAGACACUCCUCCCUCGCAGAAUUACGUGUGGCGUGCAGCACCUCUCAAUAUCCCACAGGCAGUGAAGAAUUACUUUUGUAAAAGUUGAGUUAUUGCAAGCAGCAACCAAAUAAGAACUGGAAGCGGUGCUGUGUUCUGUUUUUUUGUCCUGUGCUCUCUGACUUCGUAAUCUAGUGUUUCUCAGGUCAUAAGUUACCAUCUGGGUGGUGUUGAGUGGGCGGUAGUGUGUGGCAGUGGUAGUCGUAUUGGUCUGUGACUGCGUGAGUGUCUGAUGAGCCAUGGCGUCUCCAGCAACAUUUGACAAGCUGCCUCUAGAGAAUGCCCUCGAUGACUCGCCCCAGAUCCGCACACUGGUGGGGCUGUUUGCUGCUGACUCCCAAGCAUUGAGGGACUAUGUGACCUCCCUACACCAGCUCUCCUCCAAGCUGGUGGCAGCCCAUAACCAGUUGACUUCAGCCUACCAAGACCUGGCAAAGCACCUCAAGGCCUACAAGAACAUUAAGUUCUCAGUGGACAAUGAUAAGGGAGAAGCUGUGGCUGAAACCCUGGAAAAAUUUGCUUCCCACAUUUCAGAGAUGAGUUCAUGGGAGCACAUCGUUGCCACUCAAAUAGCAGAUGGGUCUGUGUAUCCUCUGUCAAGAUUCAUAGACACAGAGUUAUAUGAAAUGGACAACAAGGCGUCACAGCAUCAAACUGCUGGAUUAGACAUGGAGAAAGCCAUCUCUCGAUACAGCCGCUGCCGCCGGAAAGACCCCGAGAUGGAGCGACGCGAGGCAAACGAGGAAGUCUAUGUCACUAGGAAGAAAUUCCACCAGACGGCACUGAACUACUAUGCCAAAAUGAACCAGCUUCAGUACUCACACAAGAUAGCACUACUGGAGCCAGUCCUUGGCUUGAUGGUGGCAACAAGGGCACACUACAACAUGGGCCAUGACACCCUCUCUGUCCCUAAGCUGGAAGACUUUCUCUCCAACGUAUCUGUGUCUGCCAAGAGCAUCCAUGAUGACCAAAUGAAGGAAAGAAAUGAUACCCUUGAGCUGAUAGACUCCAUAAUCACCCAGUCCCAGCUCAUGUAUUACGCCCAGCCCCCUGCAGACAUUGCUGCGCUGCCCCCAGACACCACCCUCACCACCAAGAGUGGCUACCUCAAUGUGCAGAAGAAGUAUAUGGGUGUCAUGAGCUCCUGGGAACGACAGUACGUGUUUGUGGAAGGUGGUAACCUGAUGGGGGUGGCCAAGGGUGAGCCAGUGGGGUCACUGUUACUGGAGAUUGACUCCUCCACAGUGGUGCACGCCACAGACACGGAUGACCGCCUCCACGUGUUCCAAGUUGCCACCAGUAAAAAGUAUGUCACCCUGCAAGCCCUCAAUGACCGGGAGCGAGAUGAGUGGAUGUUGACCAUCCACAAUCUAGGCAAGGAUGGCGGGUACAUCAAGGAUGAGAAGGUUGUCCCGCCAUCUCUCUUGUCUGGCGUGGGGCAGUUCUUUGCUGACAAGUUCCAUGCUGCCUCUGCUGCCAUUGGCUCCACUCCCCCAACCCCAACCCUGGCUGGCUCCACUGCCACCACCACCUCUACUGCCUCAACAGGGGCCACCAGCAGUCCCCCAGAGGUAGUGGCAAUCCCCCCUGAUGCUCCAAUUGUGUUUGACCUUCUCACUUCCAAUGAGGAAACCUUCACGCUUGAUAUGAACAGUGAGAAUGAUGAAUCUGCCGGUGGGGAUGUGGUGCUGAAGGAAGACGAGCCACGCACCUUCUUUGGGGUGCGUUUUCUUGGCUCCAUGGGCGUCAAUGUGGACCGAGUUGUUUCUUUCAUAAAUGGUCAGAGUGUGGUAUGUGAGGUGAUGCGGAGAAUCCUGGCAGCAAGGGCCAUCCAUAACCUUUUCUCCACUACUGAGCUCAAGUUGUGCAUCACCAACACCCACCUGGUGCUUGCCGAUCCUGCCUCCAGUGCUGUCCGCCUCCAGCACAGCCUGAAGGAGAUCGCCUACUGGGCUGCUCACACUGAAAACCAUAAAUUAGUUGGGUACAUUGUGCGGCAGAGUGACAACAACGGCGUGGAAGGCACAAAGUAUUCUUGUUUUGUGUAUGAAGCAGAUGUCAGUGGGACAGACGUGUGCUCAGCCCUGGGAGUGGCAGCCAAGGCGGCCUAUGAACAGCUGCUGGAGAAGAAGACAUUUGAGAAAAAGAGAAAACAAGAAACAAAGCUGCUUUUGGCCAACAUUGCACAGCUGCCUGACAUCAGCGAUCCUCCCAAGGUGAGCUCUGACGGACAAUUCCUUAUCCUGGAUGGUGAUCUGCCAGGGGAGUCACCCACUCACUCCCCUCCUGUUGUGCCACGUCUGCCUCAGCCAGCUCCCACUCCCCGCUUCCCACCACCUGCUGAAGAGGAGCAUCCAGAGAGUGAGGCUUAGCACCACACAGCCUCCCAUGAGUGCCCACUGUGUAUCACUUUGUCUUUGCCUGCCUGAGGUUGAGCAUGCUCUGUAUCACCCCAUGGUUCACACUGACAGUGCCAGCUGUAUAAUAUGUAUGGUAACAGACAGCUGCUGUCAGCCCUCAAGUGUCAGCUUGGUGCGCCUGCUCGGCUGCAAGCACUCAGGUUCACUCCUCGUUGUCGCAGGUGAGUGGUCAGAGUGGAUUGGUUAACUCUAGGUUAAGUUAUUUGUAGGAUGUCUUGCAUUUAAGUAUUUUGUAGUGUUUGUAACAACUUUUUAUCCAAGAGGAGCAAUUUUCAAGCAGCAUUCAAUUGCUUAGGAAGUCCUGAUUGGUAAUUAGUUCAGUAGUGCUUAGAAGUCACAUGUCAGUUUUAUGAAAUGGAGAAUGAAUAUGAAGCAUUUCCACAGUUUUGACUAUCUAUAAUGUGUGGCUCAGAUGCUGUACAUUUUCUUUUGACUAAGCUGAGAGGUUUUCAUUUAAGUCACAAGUGAAAAAGUGUUUUUGUGACAGUUUGCAUCAGUAACAUUAUCAUGAUAAGGAUUGCCAGUAAAUCCCCUGUUUCUUCCAAAGAAAUCCAUUCCUUUAUUCUUUUCUUUUCCCUCUCUUACUUGAUCAUGUGUUCAGUACAGCCUGACACACUCUUGAUGGGAAACAGUGUUUUGCAUGCAUUUUAGUGUUUUGGUACAUAAGUAGCUCAAAAACACUCAAAACACACUUUCCUUGAUAUGGUUUGACAUGUCCAUUGUGUGUAAUUUCUUGUUAAGGAGUCCAGGAGUCGAUGAGUGAAAUGGUCUUCAAAGGGUAAGACUAGUUUUUUAUGUAAUGAGUUUUGCUACUCAUAUAUAUACAAUUAUUUUUGUAUAUGAAGAUUAAGACUCAUUUCUGUAUUAUUAAUUUUUGCUCCUCAUAUUUACAGUUGAUCAUGAUUGUUUUUCACAUAUAUUGAGAGUUUAUAUGGGCAGCAAGUUUUCUCAUAUGCAUGUAAUUGGGAGUGCUAAUUGUUCAUUCAUUAUAUUCCCGUACAUAUUUUUCUUAUACCUUACCAGGGUCCUAUUCUCUUUACCUAGAGCAGCUCUGGCAGUCAUACACCAGCUAAGUAAAAAGAGUAAAACCAAUAAGGUUAAGGAAAAUACACACACACAAAUAAGAUCUGUUAAGAAUAAUUAUAUGUACAACUUUUGAUGAUUUUGGGCGAGGCAAAGCUGAUACAGUAUCUUCAAGAGGACAUGUUACAUUCCUUGUGUUUUUUGUGUGACAUUUGAGGAAUCUGUUUAAGGGCAAGAUAGGAGGGAGUGAGGAAUGCCAAAGUAAUGUGUGGUGGUGUCAGUAAUAAGUCACAAAAAAUUGUCUUGAAAUUUGAUGCAACUUUAAAUUUAAUCUUGUGUUAAGGCUGAUUUUGUCCUGACAGGUAGUUUAGAUUUAGUUUUGAUCUUUCUCCUUGACGGGGAUUGUUUACCCAUCUUUACCAGGGAGUGACUUACCUGGUGAUGAUGGUGAUGGUGAUUGCUAUUAUUUACUCUGUUUAGUGCUCCAGGUGUCAGAAAAGUCCACUUAUGGUUUCCUUGAUUUGGCUACCUAAACACAGUCACCAUUUCUCAGCAGUAGGUGACCAUGUGCACCCUUCAGUUCUUUAAAAAGCAAGCAAGGAGUCAGUCUUAGUCAUGCAGAGGUAUCAGAAGGAUUUAUGAGGAACUUUCUUUAGAGAUUCCAUGUUUUGCUAUAUAUUUCAUUGUAUGUGUUGAUGCUAUGUUGAGUUACAAUUCUAGUCACAAGUUCAACUGUGGUAAUGCAUGGCAAUGAAUUAGCUUUAUGUAAUCAGAUUGAUUUAAAUGCCUAUUAUAAGGAUGCACAAGAGGAAAGGGAAUUAAUUUAAAUUCUCUUGUCCAUUCAUCUGUAUUCUGAAUUUCAUAACCAAGGUAAAUACUCACUUGCAAAGUUUUGGUGUGCAUUGUUAGACAAAGGCCAAAGGUGAUAUCUAGUUUGAAGGAGAGAGACUAAGUUUGUUUAGCAAGAAAUGUGUCAUCAUCCUAAUGAGUUAUUUUAUAUGUAUAUUUUGAUACUCAGAAAGACUAUGUUGCCUCAGCAGAUUUUUAGUGAUCUGUGAUAUACUGAGGCACCUCUCACAAAUAUAGGCUUCUCAUUAUGUUACACAACAAUAUACUGAGUGGCUACAAAAAUUACAUCCCCAGUGUGUAUCAUGGACAGGUGAUGCCUUUCUGGCUCCUCACUACAGAGGAUUUGAGGCCAGAAAGUGAAACAAUAGAUAGUCAUGAUUGAGAAAGUGAUAGUAGAAUUUUAUAAGAUCCCUGCAAACACACUUUCACUUAUAGGAAAAUAUAGAUGUUGCAUGGUGUAUUGUGUAAGUGGAUCUGUGAGAAGUGAUGACAUUUUUGACAUUAAACCUUUGGAGUUUCCAGGUGUGUGUGUGUGUGUGUGUGUGUGUGUGUGUGUGUGUGUGUUACAGUUUUGUAUGUUUCUUCUUGUGGUGAACCUGAGUAUAGUGUGGCUUUAUUGUGUAUGCCUGUGCCAGAGAGAAGUGUUUCUCCAUGUAAUUGUAAGAGUAAUAUAACAGAUAAGAAUUACCUGCUGUAUUUUGGAGUCUGAUCAAACUGUUUAAUAUGUAACUGCAUGUCCUGUUGUGUGAAGUGUGAGCAUUUGUGUUGAGUCUGCUUUACUGCCUGGCGGCUGAUCAUUGUUCCUUGGUAUAUUAAGGGACUCGUUUGUUUAAUAUGAAGAUAUAUUUUUUAUGAAGAUGUUAUGGUUUAGUGUUAAAUAGGUAGCUUUAAAAUGUACAUUGUGUUUGGUGUCAAAUAGAUGUGUUGGGAUGAUAGUAAUAUAUACUAAUAGUUACUGUAAUACUUUGACCUGAGCCUGGUGGAUGGAGAGGUAAUGCUGAUGUUAUACAAUGUGUUUGUUUUGAUGAGAUGGUGAGCUUUGCAUCCUGUAUGGAUGUGUUUUUUCUCUUGAAUUGUAUUUAGUAUGAAACAUCAUUUACCACUGAAGUGAAUAUUUCAGGUGAAACCUGGAAUCUUUGUAAAAGUGGAACUGUGGUCAGGAAGAUGUUGGUUCAUGUUUUAUGUUUUGCAAGCAUUUAUUGUCGUCAUUUAUAUUUAAGGAAGUUAACCAAAGGUAUUGUAAGGAAUUAGAUAAGGAUUUGUUUCUAUUUUCAGGGUCCAAGAAUGGGAUUGCAUAUUCUUGAUGACAAUGUCACCAUAUAAAAUUUUGUAAACUUGUUAAUUCUUACAUAGUGUGCUGUAAAUACCUUUGGUUUAUUUUGGUCAUUGAUACAAGUACAGAUGUAUACUGUACAAGACUGAUGGCUUUCAAAAGUGUUAUUAUUACUUUUGUUAUUAUUAUUAUUAUUAUUAUUAUUACUAUUAUUAUUAUUAUUUAUCUAAUUAUUAUUAUUAUUAUUAUUAUUAUUAUUAUUAUUAUUAUUAUUAUUAUUAUUAUUAUUAUUAUUAUGUUUGUUUAUGUUUCUGGGCAUAUAAUCUGAGGUAAUUUUUCCAUUGAGUUGCUUUUGUCCUUUACUGACAUCCUGUGUGUGAACUGUGUGUGUCUGGAGAUAUGCUGCUGUGGAAUGAAACAUGAGCACACAAAGGUUUAACAAUCCUGCAGCUUUUACCCAGCAUGGAAAUCUUGUGUCUGUAGAUGUUCUAACAUUUCCUUCCACACUGUGUUUAGUCUGCUGUGUGUUGCAUGAAGGCUGAAAGAAAUUGCAUAUACAAUCAUCAAAACUUGGCAGUUCACUGAAAUUUGGUGUGGCAAAAUGUGUUUUCAAAUUUGCUGAAUUAUUUAAUCCAUAAUUUGCCAAAUGUCAUAAUACUUGGAUAUAGAGUCCCAAGUCCUAUGUGGAUAGAAGUACCAUGUAGAUUUUAUCAGCAACUCUGAACUGCUGGCUUUGUAACUCCCAGUAACUGCGUGUGUGUGUGUGUGUGUGUGUAUGUGCACACGCCCGCACGCACGCAUAAUAGAAAACACUAUGUUAUACAUUUGGAAGUAUCAACAUUCUCUGUAUUUUCUUUUAUUUAAUUACCUAUUUCAUCUUAUCCAAGGUGAAUCUUCUUUCAUGGUAGUCUACUUUGUCUCUUAUCUUCUCCUUUCCUCUCUGAUGGAAGGAUCUAUGUUAUAUGAGAUAGAUUGUCCCUCAUGUAUUGGCAAGGCUUCACUUACACAGUACUCUACUUCUAAAUGGGAUGGAAUCAGCAGCUUGCUCUCUCUCUCUCUCUCUCUCUCUCUCUCUCUCUCUCUCUCUCUCUCUCUCUCUCUCUCUCUCUCUCUCUCUCUCUCUCUCUCUCUCUCUCUCUCUCUCUCUCUCUCUCUCUCUCUCUCUCUCUCUCUCUCUCUCUCUCUCUCUCUCUCUCUCUCUCUCUUCUCUUCUCUUCUCUUCUCUUCUCUUCUCUUCUCCUCUCCUCUCCAUUAUUGAACUUCCACAGUGUUGCAUCUUUUGCUAUUUUCUGCUUUUACUUUAGUGGUUAUUCACACUUACGUUUGUUAUGAAUGUGAGGUUUGAUGUUGAAAUUUUGGCAUUCUAGCAUAGGGAAGGUGUGUUGGUCAUAUGUACAGUACAUGAGAGUUGCUAAAUGUUGUGACUGACCAGACAAAUUCUUGGGCAGAGGUGAUCAUCUUCAUAACUGAAUACUCUCUCUCUCUCUCUCUCUCUCUCUCUCUCUCUCUCUCUCUCUCUCUCUCUCUCUCUCUCUCUCUCUCUCUCUCUCUCUCUCUCUCUCUCUCUCUCUCUCUCUCUCUCUCUCUCUCUCUCUGUUGAUGGCAAGCAAGAUGGUAAAUAUGUAUCUCUGUUCAAGAAUGUGGUAUUUCCACCAGACACAUUUCCUUAGACAAUAUGCAGCAGCGAGUUGCCUCACUAAGGUGAUAUUUUGUAUGCAGAUUCACAGCAGGUUUUAUAAGAAGUUGCUGAGUAUUUAUGUUUACCAUUAUUUACUUGGAAUAUUGUAUCUUUUCGUAACAUGAGCGUUAUGUAGUCAGUUAACCCUUACCAUAUAUUUUAUACUAUUUUCAGCUUUAAAUCUCUAUAUUAUAUAUAUUUAUGAAGACUUGGUGGUAGAAUCUGGGUCAUUACCACUCGCUCAGAUGAUUAUAUGUAUGGAACUGCAAUAUUGAGAUUCAUAGGAAGAAACAUUUGAAUGGAGUUCAAUUAUUUCACUGGUGGACUCAGCAAUCAAGGAAAUGUUAUCGAAAUCAUUACAAUAUAUAGUAGUUUGUAUAAAGAAGAGUGAACUGUUGUAAGGUAUGUAGUUAUGAUAACUUUUGAUAAAGUAGCUUUGGUUAAUCUGUACAGCCCCAGUGACAAUGUUGUAUCUAUAGACAUGCAUGUAAUGUUCUGCUCCAGCAACGAUACUGUAUUGGCAGCUUUUCUGAUCUUUACAUUUACCUCUCAUAAAUGUUGUACUUGCUUCAAACUUGGGUUUGUUGUGCACCUCUGUGUAGGGCACAAUACCUCAAGUUGGUGCUCACACACUUGUGGCAGGCUCAGCAGUACAUGAUCAGAAAGGGUCACUUCCAGGAGUGUAUGCAUUAUGGUAAUAAUUCCUUCUCACCCUUCAUUGUAGCUUCAUCAGCCUCCCUCUUGACACAAGCCUGGGAAAUAUGAAUGUGCAGGAGGCCUUUAAAUGCCCUCUAUCAGUACUUCCAUGCAUGUUUUGUCUACAUGAGCUUUUCAUGUCAUUUCAUACAUAAAACAAAAUAUUUAAAAAACUGCCUGUGUCUGGGUGUAUCUAUUUUUUAAUUAACAGUGGGCUGUACAGGUUAAUGUUUGAGUAACUGUUUGGUCAUUCAUGCUCUAUGUUCCUAAAUUCUAAUAAAUUGUGAAUGAACUAGUUCCAUUGGUAAGGUUUCAAGUGGAUAUUUUAGCUAUCAAUAAAACCUAGUCAACAA